AUGGAAGCUACUCUAUUGGGUUCUCAUCCCCGACUCUUGUGCACCAAGCAUAUCCAGUUCUCAGGCAAGGGAAUUGUACAUGGCAGGUCUUUUAGCUGUCGGUCAACUAGUAACCAGUUCUUGGCUAGGGCCAACUGUUCAAAUACAUGGAAGAAGCCAUUUUUGCUGUUAGACAAUGAAAAUAUGAGACUUUCUUAUGACACAACUAGUAAGCUUAAAAAUAGAUGGAGAUGUUUUGAAGUUAAAGCUGCAUCUGCAGAGUCUUUGAGCUACGGGCAAUUUGUGCCAGAACCAAUUGACGAGACAGUGCUUGAUUCAUCUGAGACCACUGUUCGUGACUACAAAAUGCCCAGGCCUAAGGCAUUUAGAAAUAGAUUCUUGAACUUUGUUCGUUUCGGUUCAGUCUUGAAUAAAGCUGCUGAAUCUUUUUUUAAAAGUGAAAUUCGCCGAAGGUUAUUUAUCACAGCACUUCUACUGUUGGUUAGCCGUGUUGGGUAUUUUAUCCCUCUGCCUGGGUUUGAUCGGAGGUUAAUACCAGAGGAUUAUCUUAGCUUUAUAUCUGGUUCUGUCGAUGAACUUGGUGAUUGGUCACCAGAACUUAAGCUUUCACUCUUUCAGCUUGGUGUCAGUCCUCAAAUUGCAGCAUCAAUUCUUAUGCAGGUUCUUUGUCAUUUGGUUCCUUCUCUAGUGAAGCUAAGGAAAGAAGGGUUAGAUGGCCAUGAGAAGAUUAAGAGUUAUAUAUGGUGGAUUUCACUUGGCUUUGCAAUAGUGGAGGGUCUGAUUCUUUCAUGUUAUUCUCUUCCAUAUUCCAUAUAUGCUGCCAGCUACAGGUUAAAGCACAUUCUUAUGACUACUUGUCUACUUGUGUGCGGAGCAAUGAGUAUGACAUGGAUUUGUGACAAGAUAUCAGAGGAUGGAUUUGGUCAAGGAUCGUCGUUGAUAAUAUGUGUGGGAAUUUUGACUGGCUACAUGGAGACAUUAUACAAAAUGCUGAUGCAACUCUCAGGAAGUUCGGUGAGUUGGUGGCCAUAUGUACUUGCAGUUUGUGGUGUUUUUCUUGUGGUAACCAUGUGGGCAGUUGUUGUAACUGAGGGUUGCAGGAAAAUCAAGUUGCAGUAUUAUGGUUUUAAACUUGCCUCUGCGACAAGAGGAGAUUCUCCAAUCACUGAGGUGGAGCCUUACAUCCCAUUCAACAUAAAUCCUUCAGGGAUGCAGCCUAUUUUAACCACUUCCUAUCUACUGGCACUUCCAAGCAUUCUUGCAAGCAUUCUCGGUUCACGUUUUUGGGGGACUGUGAAGGAUAUCCUGAAUCCUCAGACCUCCCAGCCAUGGGUUUACUACACGAUAUAUGCAUUCUUUGUGUUCCUCUUUAACAUAUUUGACAUUGCUAACAUGCCUAAAGAAAUAGAUGAUUAUUUGAAUAAGAUGGGAGCCAGAAUUCCAGGUAUAAAGCCUGGAAAGGCGACCGUCGAAUAUCUUACAAAGGUUCAGGCUUCAACACGUUUUUGGGGUGGUUUACUGUUGAGUAUCUUAGCUACUACAUCUUCAAUGCUUGACCAUUAUUUGCGCCGCAUUAAUGAAGGAUUUGCUAUAGGUUUCACUUCCGUUUUGAUAAUUGUGGGCUCUAUCAUUGAACUGAGAAGAUCUUAUCAAGCUUACAAUGUAAUGCCGACUCUAAGCAAGGCCUUGAAGAGAUAUGGGGGGGUCGUGUUAGAUUUUGUAAAGUACAGUGCUUCGUUCGAGAAAUUCCUUGAAGUUCAAGGGAAACGCAGACAGAGCGAGACGCUAGUUCAGUUUAAAAGAAGAAAUUCCCGGCGAGAGCCGUUAGAAUAUACCACAGCAACAGAAGUCCCCGGAAGCUCAGAGAUGGAGCGCAAUAGCGUGAUUGAAACUUCAUCGGACUCCGUCAACAGCUCCGUAAUCUUCCACGUCGUCUCCGACGUUGCCGGCUUCGUCCUUUACAUGCACCACCAAAUCCCCUCGGUAUUACAGGAUAUUAGCCUCGAGUUUGAUCAAAUGCGGGAUGAGUACAAGGAUUUGGAGGAGACACUUGCGGCUUCGCAAGGUGCCGUUGAAAUGAAAGCAUCCAUGAGGAGGAAGCACGUUUCGAGGAAAAGAGAGUUAAAGCACGGCAUAAGAAAGCUGGAAAAGCUAAUGAGCAUGGUUGCUAAGUUUAAAGAAGCUCUUCAGCUGCUGAUCACUGAGGCACCUCACAUUCAGCGCUUAGCCCUAGUAUUAGGCGCAAGUCCCCUGAGGCCUUUGCAUCUUUAUGAGCUCUGUCUUUCCGAUGGGGGAAUUACUGCCACGGAUUUUUCCAGAACAAAACUUGCUGAUGGACUUUCCAGAAAGGUCAUUCGAACAUUGAUCUCAAAGGGUGCUGGAUCUGCCAAAGACUCAGGCCCAUCAAAGCUAUUUUUGAUGGUUGAAGCUCCCUCUUCUCUGAAUUUGCCUAUGCAUUUUCUUCCAAAGCGCGAUUUCAAAUACAACUACAAGAUAGUGCCAUUUACGUUGCAGUUUAAGUGCAGAAGUAGUGCCCAGGUAUCAAAUGCUCCAUGUGAUGGCAGCCAAACUGGUAGCUCCAUGUUGAUGAAUCCUGCUGCAGACACUAAUAUCUGUUUGGAGGCAUUCCAAGACAUUGUUAUCAGAAGAUUGCCUUUCAGCUUCAACGAAGGAGCUAAUAAGGUAUUGAAGGAGGAAUCGAUGCUUCUGCUUAGAGGGUUCGACUCUGUUGCUGAAGCUUUUGUUUCUAUACAACUUGAUUGCAGAAUCUGGGAGAUAAAUAUCCAAUCUUUGGCACUAAUCUGCACUGGUAGAGUUUCUCCGGUAACAAACGUUGGUGUAAUAAGGCAAGCAGUGUAGGAAUAAUUGUUCUGGACUGACCGAAAGUGUUAUUGCGCCACUUGAGUGGUUUCUCUUUC